AUGGAGGAUCGAAACCUCUGGGUUGAAUUUGCGUCCCAGCCUGGUGUCGUACAAGGAGGGUUAUAUGCAGCAAACAACCUCACCAAACGCCAACUUAUAAACAUACUCAAUGUCGCAUUUCGGCCAAGUGGUGGCUUUGACAUAUCUCAGCGUGGCUCAGUGGCUCCUCUGGCUGCGACAGAUGACGUUGUUGAGCCUGGCCACUACAUUCUAUCGUCAACUAUCCCAGAGCAGGAUGUCUCCGCGAGUGAUGAGCAAUAUCACCGACGCACCCUUUCGCUUUCUGAUACGGGUAGGGAUGAGGCUUUUAGGCGCGAUGUUAGGCAGCGAGAUGGCCGCUGUGUCAUCACUGGCAGAGUAAAUACUGUUGCUAGUCUAGGUAAAUGGCGCGGCUUCGAGGCGGCCCAUAUCUUUCCUCUUGCCCUAUCGAUGAUAUUUACAAGCUGCGGGUUCUCGAAUGUUAUUACAGAUAAUAGGGGGAUCGACUCCCCUAUCAAUGGCCUCUUGCUACGGUCAGACAUUCAUCAGAUGUGGGAUGGAUAUGAGUUUGCGGUUAACCCUGAUGAUAACUACCGUGUUUACAGCUUUCAAGGGAACGCGGCGGAAUAUCAUGGGUCUACUCUCCACGAAGUCUGUCGCCAGUCAGAAGCCAAAGUGUCAGAUGCUUUGUUACGCUGGCAUUUCGAGCAAGCAGUGCUCGGUAACGUUCGUGGUGCAGCUGAGCCAGCGUUCGAGUUUGAUUUUCCCCCAGGCACCGACAUAAUGGGCGAGAUUCGCGAGGGACCUUUGGCUGCAGAAAGAAUGGAAACUGAGCUUUUUGGUCGUUUGUAUGGAUACCACCAAGGGGAAGAAGCCGUUUGA